UACGGCAUUUCAAAUGAAUACUAAUGAAAAUGAAAUUGUAACUAGAAUCGAUAACUCUAAUUCCAUAAAUUUGUUUAAACCCAUCUCGCAUCAAGAAUGCUAUAAAAAUGGGGAAAGUCUUCCACAUUACACCCAACGAAAGCGAACUCAAAGCGCCAUGAGUCUAAGGAGUUUACCAGAAGAUUAUUUUGAGGAUUACUUUUCUAUUAAACCUAGCCCAUUACUACCUCCUUCUUUUUCUCAGCAUCUUUCACAACAACAAGAAUUUACCACAACCCAAAACAUCGAAAAUCCAUUUUCAAGAGUCGAUGAUAGAGGCGAUGAAGAGGAGCUAGUCUUUCACGAGGAUUAUUACCCUUGUUUUAUGAAAUACCCAGUGACCAAAAAUAAUUUUUUAAAUCGGGGUGCUAAUCAAUAUCCUUAUUAUGAUCACCAUCAUCAUAACAAGGACAUGCUAAAUAACAAGUACAAACCCAGGUGUAUGAGCCAGCUAGCUUUAUCGGAAAUUUUAGUAGAGAAACCACCAGCCUCAUGGGAUGAUUAUAAUUUUGAUGAGGACGAAAAUAUCGAGAAUGAAGGAUUCGAUCUGAUAAACUUAAACUUGGUGAACUAUGAACCUCAUCUGGCUUAUGCUGCAGACCCGGAAACACCCACAUUAAUUGAUUACAAUGAUUACAAUGAUUACGUUCGGGAAAUAUCCAACGAUAUGACUGCGCCAGCCAGAGUUCUCACUAGUAAAACGGAAAUUAACCGGACUUUCUCCGAUUACUCUUGCAAGACCAUCCCAGUUCUCGUUUCUAAGCCUAUCAAAAGGUUCAUAGUUAAUGGUUUUGACAAUCCAUCCCAAUCCUCCGAUUGGAACCCUCUUAACUAUCAUUUUAAUGGCAAAAAGAUUCCUCACCACCACCAUCAUCAUCAGCAUCAUCAGAAUCUUAAUCAUUACGGUAAUAUCAAAAUCGAGAAUAUCAAAGCUAAAGGAAGUGGUCCUAAAUACAAAUCCCCCUUGUUUAAUUCUUCCUCUAUGGAAUCCGGUAGCCUUAAUCAUCCUUGUUCAAAUAAUCCAAAAUAUAGAAAUUAUGUAGCCGAUGAUAAAAGUCAUUUUCUUCUCUCAAACACCGAUGAUACUAAAAAUGAUGACUAUAUAUAUGCGCCUAAUGAUGUCAAUUUGGAUAAUAUCGAAUAUCGUGGAAGAUCCGAUAAAUCUAGGCAAUCAAACCCUUUCCUAGAAAAUUUUUCCUCCGAAAUUAAAAGCCAUAUAGGGGAAGAAGAUAGAAAUAAAGACGAGGAAGUAAAAGAAAAUCUCGCUCAAUUAAGACCAAGUGGUGAUAACAAAGACAAGGACUCAAAUAGUAUAGUGGCUGGUUUAAAUAUAAAAAUUAAUUUGUUAUGCAAGGAAAAGACGGCAUUAAAGAUGGAAUUGGAAAGCGUAGUUAAAAGGUUUAAUUCUUCCGUCAACAGUAUCAAACAUUUUUGGAGCCCUGAACUUAAGAGGGAAAGAGAAAUGAGAAGAGAAGAAACGCGAAGACAUGAUAUGAAUACCGAAAAAUUUAAACUCAUUUCCUCGGAGAAUCGGAAACUAGAAAUUGCUUUGGAAAUUUUAAGAAAAGAAAUGGAAUCGGAGGAAUGCAGAUUCAAAGAUAUCUUGAGAAUCGGUAAAAAUGUGACACACCAAGAAACUGCAGCUGACGAAACUCCACAGCCCUUAGCUCUUAUAGGUAUCAACGAUUUUGAAACGUUACUCGACCACCGAAAUUCUCUUGAGUCCCAAAUGGAAACACUGCAGGAAAAAUAUAAUCUAUUAGAACUUCAAGCUGAAACUCACAUAAAAACUCUUCACAGUAGAGACGAGACUAUCAAAAAUUUGUAUGAGACCUUGAGUAGCUAUUCCGAAUUUGAAGGGGAAUCUCACGAGGUAAAACUAAAGAAGAAAAAUAUUAUGAAGGAUUUUAUAGUGGCUGAAGGGAUGGAUCGUCAAAUCUUGAAAUCCAAAUUGAUCUCGACUGAAUCGAAAUUGGAAUAUUGUGAAAAUAUAUUGAGCAAGAAAAAUGCCGAGAUCGAGAGAUACAAAGAGGCUAAAAAGACUGGCAAACCUAAUCCAUCGGAUAGAUUAGAUAACUCUUCGAAUUUGUCGUCCAAGAUUACCUUGCUUAAAAGCAUUUUGGAAGCCAAAGAUGCCCGUAUAGCAUCACUAGAACUAGAGAGAAAUUUUUUAGAUAAGGAAGCCAGACUUGAGAGUAAGACACUCAGGACAAAUGGUCACAUACGGUCUCAAGAUUACAAUAUUUCGGAUAAGUCCAUCGAUUCGAAAGCAGAAGAUGACGCAAAUUUAAGAAAAAAAGCCGAUAUACUUCAAGCAGAUCUCAACAAAACUUUGACAGAAUUGUGUGGAUACAAGGCCAAAUAUGAGACACUGGAAAAACAGAUAGAAGAUUAUAAGAGGCAUAUAUCUUUUUUAAAAGAAAAUAUUUCUGCUAAAGACGCUCACGCUGGCAUGCUAAAAACAGACGUGGAUGCUUUAAGAACGAGGAUAGAUGAAUUCAACACCGUAUUGGAUAAAAACAAAAUGGAUAUUAAAGGUAUUGUUCAGGAAAAAUAUAAUCUGUCUCAACAAUUGACUCAAACACUAGAAAAUCUGGAGCUUAAAGAUCAAACUUUACAAAUUUAUCAACACAAAACGAAAAGUCUAGAAGACCUUAUUAAAGAGAAAGAUCUUCAACUUAAAACUGUUCUCAACAAAUUUUACGAAUUCAAAAAGAAAGUUCAACGAAGCAGUAGCGUGGACACAGAUAGAAUAUUGACAACACCAGCAAGCCAUCCUACUGAUUUUAAGCUAGCAGAAUUUGUACCUAUUCCUAAAUCAUCUGUUCACACCAUUCUAUCUCAAACCCAGGUAGAACAACUCAACAAAAAUAACCCUAUUGUUGUUACUUCUUCAAGUAAAGCUGCAUCACCGCUAUGCGAUGAAAAAAGGGGAGCCUUAUUUUCUUAUAAUACCACGGUAAAUUCUAGGUUCAUCAAAAAGUCACCUUCUAUGACGGAUAUUGCUAAAACAUUAAACGAUGACGAAAACCCAGGGAGUCAAAUAAGUUCCAUGAGUAGUAGCCCUAAUAAAGAUAAUCAAAAAGACUCACUACUAUACAACCAGUCCAAAGACUCGGGAACCCAGUCUGAUUAUGAAGAUAAAAUGCUAGAAAAGGAUCAAGAGUUGGCCGAAAAAAUUGCCAACACUUCAAAACUAGAAUUGGAUAUUUUGAACCUUAAAAAUGAUAUGGAAGAAGGCCAGGCAAAAUCAAAAAAACUUAUAGCCAAUUACAAGAGUAUAAUAGACGAAAAAGAAAAACUCAUACAAAGUUUGAAACAAGAAAUGGAUAAAAUGGGUGAUAAGAACGACACAGUUCAUAGUUUGGAAGGUGAGCUUAAAGCGCUACAAAAGGUUCUCAAUGAAACACAGAAGGAUUUUUUAGAAAAAGAGAAAUCUCUUCAAGCGACUACUAAUCGAAUCAAAGUCUAUGAUGAUGAAAAGGCUAAACUCAAAGGAAGUUACGAAAAAAUGUCCAUUGAUAUAUCUUCACUCAAAAAUCAAUUAAAAGGUCUACAAGAGAAAGUAAAAAAUCAAGAGGCUCAGAUAGACAAGUACGUUGAAGAAGGAAGUCAAUUACGGAAAGAACUUCAAAGAUCCAACCAACAAAACGCCAAUUUAGAGUUUGAUAAUCGAAAGAAAUGGAUAGACUUGGAAAACGAGAUCAAAAGCAAGAACCAAGAAAUAUCACAGAAGGAGAGAGAAGUAGAUAGAUUGACAAAAGUCUUAAAACUAAUGGAAAGGGAUAAGUUAGCUAUAGAAUCUGAGCUUGGCACGUUCAAAGAAAGAUUUUGCCUAGAUAACUCACAAAAUGAUCAAGAUGAUUUGCGAGGUAAAGUUUUGGAUUUAACCGAGCAGUUAAAAGAAAAGGAGGAAACGUUGAACGAGUUAACCAAUAAACUUUUAGAGUGCAAUGAAGAGAUACAAGCCCAAAAAUUAAUCUUGGAAGCAGAAAAAAAAGAGUACGAAUGUAUAGUUAGAAGCAUGCAGGACGAGAACAAUGAUUUGAAAAAGAAUAUUAAACAAAUAGAGGGAAAAUCCCUCAAAAAUAUGACGAAAAUGAAAGAGAUGGAAGAAGAAUUGAGGAGAGCCCAGCAAAUAACCUCGGAAACCCAAGAGGCCGUCGAAAUUAAGUCUAACAAAGAAAUGGAAACCGCGGAUGCUAAAAUAGCCGAUUUAAGAGAAAAGAACGAUCAGUUGGAGAGAAUGACCGACCAGCAGACAGCCAAGAUAAACGAAAUUUUUUUGAAGUACAAGGAAAAGGACACAAACUUGAAAUCGCUUAUAGCUGAACGCAAUAAAAUUAUGCAUGAACUCAUCGAUUCAAAGAAAGAAGUAUACAAAAGUGGAAUUAGCGAAAAAGAUGCCAUGAUUGCGCUGCUUGGGACAACGAUGGGGCCGAAAACAGAGGAGCAAAUCAAUGCUUUAAGGAAAGAAAAGGAAUUAUUAGUUCAUAAACUCAAAAGUUCCGAGGAAAAUCCCAAUUGAUAACUCAGUUCCCAAUCUACCAUAUAGAGUUUAUACCAAUGAUGGAAAUGAUAUGGAAAAGAAGAUUAUUAUUUCAAACUAUAAAAAAUACUGUUUUGUAAAGAAAUUAACUGGCA